UUCCGAAUGACUUUGACGCCGUUGCACACUGACCUACCUCGCGAUGGGUUGCCUAUUAAUGAGAUUUCAAAAUAUAAAAGUCUAGUUAUUGUUCAGAAUCGCCAUCAGUCUUCACUGGAUCGUAAGAGAGUAAGACAACCCGAACAGCGGAAUGCAUCGUUACGUCGCACUGGUAGCAUUCCUCGCGGUCGCCGUGACUGCUAAGGCACAGUAUCCUGCAGCCGGAUGGCGUCCGGAAGGAGCUCAAUUUCGUCUGCCGACGGAGUACGGUGCACCCUUGCUGUUGCUUCAACCCCAGCCGCAGCGUGUGAACGUUCAAAUCACGCGUGAAAACGUACAAUUCGCUGGACGUCAAAUAGCUCAGGAACAGGUAACCACUACCGCUGAACCCGUAACGCAAUCGACCCCAGCCACAUCAUCCACAACUGAACAGGCGGAACAGGAUCCACUCAAUGUGCAAGGACUACCAUCCGACCAGCGAAAGGACUUCCAGCAGCGUGCAAAUCUUCGUGAGCAAAAGGUGAACCGACCGUUGCCCGCCAACUUUGCCCAACGUCCACUGUUCCCAGUCAGUGGACAGCUUCGUGCACUGCCCGCAGUACGUGGAAAUGUAUUCCAGCAACAGGUAGUUCAACCUCAGCCAGCCCCGGUUCAACCGCUAGCUGCGCCAGCAGAAACAUACGGUCCACCGGACCAGGAAGAAGAACCACAGCAGCCGGAGGAGCAGCCAGUAACGACCGAACAACCGCAAGUUCCACAAGACGAAAGCGACGAUGAUUACGAUGAAGAUGCUGGUCGUACGGUUGUAGCCGUGUCCAACUCGUUCUCGGGACAGUACUACAUUCUGGCCCCCGACAACACGCUGCAGCGCGUCGUCUUUAGCACCAUGGUUACGGAUGAAGAUCGCCAGGUAAAUGGGUUUUCCGCCCAGCUGAAAUACUCUCCGGUGGAUCCCAUUCGCGAUCCGGUGUACACGUACGACGAGCAGGGUCAGUUGGUUCGAAUCUACAAGAAGUGAGAAGGUUAGAUGGAUGAAUUUUACGAUCCCGCUUUUUUGUUGAAUAUUAUCACGUUUUUUGGCCUCUUUAAACUUCAUUAUUUUCUGUUUACAAAUAAUAAAACAUGCAAACGUUAAAAUUAUGCAAA